ACAUUCGAAGAAAGGGAGGAAAAUUGGGAGGGGGAAUUGAAAAGUGAAUGAACCCUGGAGAGUCUUUUUCUUCAUAGGCGCAGGGGAUUUGGGAGUCGAUGGCUUGAUGCUUCCUCUUCCUCCUCGCGGUGGUGCUACUGCCUCUCUAAUUCGUCGCUCCUAAAAGAAUCCCGGAUUUUUUUUUUUAAUCUGUAGCAGAGUUCGCCGGAAUCUGAGGCGUUAACAAUUGAAAGGGCGGAAGAGACGGAGGCGAUUGUGGCGGUGUAGGUGGCGGUCCGAUGAGAGAUCGAAAAGCGAGAGCCGUUGAUGGGACUGGAAUUGCAGAUGACGUGGCAGCCGAGUCUACUGAGUGAGAAGCGGAAGAAGGGGCCUCCGAUAGGGUUGAGAAACCUCGGCAACUCCUGCUACCUUAACAGCGUUCUUCAGUGCCUUACUUACACACCUCCUCUUGCCAAUUUCUGCCUUCGGUAUCUACACUCUUCUUCUUGUGAUUCGGCUUCCGAGGCUGAUAGGAAGCGCGACUGUCCAUUUUGUAUACUCGAGAAACGGAUAGCGCGCUCCCUUAGCGUUGAUCUCAUCCAAGACGCGCCUGCUAAGAUCCAGAGUUGUCUCAGGAUAUUCGCCGAGCACUUCCGGUGCGGUCACCAGGAGGACGCCCAUGAGUUCUUGAGGUAUGUCAUUGAUGCGUGUCACAACACCUGCUUGCGUCUCAAGAAGUUGCGGCGCAAAGGCAGUGAGCCUUUCAAUGGCAACACCGUUGUUAAGGAUAUCUUUGGAGGUGCUUUGCAGAGCCAAAUUAAAUGCUUGUCUUGUGGUCAUGAGUCUAAUAAGGUUGAUGAGAUUAUGGAUAUCAGUCUUGAUAUUGUGCACAGUAGUUCGCUUAAGGAUGCUAUGCAGAAGUUUUUCCAGCCUGAGGUUUUAGACGGAAACAACAAGUACAAAUGCGAGAAUUGUAAGAAAUUGGUGGCAGCUAGGAAGCAAAUGUCCAUUCAUCAAGCUCCUAAUAUCCUUGUAAUCCAACUUAAGAGAUUCGAGGGUAUAUACGGUGGGAAGAUUGAUAAGGAUGUUGCAUUUGAAGACGUUAUGGUACUUUCAAGCUUCAUGUCCAACGCAAGUCAGGAUCCACGACCAGAGUAUAACCUUUUUGGUACUAUUGUGCAUUCAGGAUAUUCGCCAGAAUCUGGACAUUAUUAUGCAAAUAUCAAGGAUGCAAUGGGCAGGUGGUAUCGCUGUAAUGAUUCAUAUGUCUCAGUUUCAACUCUGCAGGAGGUCUUGUCAGAGAAAGUUUACAUUCUUUUCUUCUCUCGUUCAAACCAAAGGCCAAGGUCUGCCUAUACCACGUUUACUUCUAAUGGAGUAAAAACUCAUGAUUCUAAUGGAAGUGAGGCACCAAAAUCCUUGAAGGCUGCUGUUCAGUCAAAAUCAGGAAAUAUAAGACCUACGGUUGAGUUCUUGUCUCGAAAGGAGAUGUUAACCAAAUCAAAUUUUGGAAAAAUGUCGUCAAGUCCAGGGGUGAAGUUUAACAUUUCUGAAAAAUCAGGUCCCGAAAGAGUUUCUCCUGUUAAUGGAAAAGUUGAUUUAUGUAAGACUCAGAAUGCUGUUACUAAUGGUGGUUUUAAGGACUCAAUCCACCCUGAGAACAAUGAGAAAGAUUCACCUUCAAUGGCUUAUGGGGAUUCUUCUGACAAUGGUAGAAGGUUCAAUACUCUUGGUAGUGUUAAUGGCAAAGCUAUUGCACUAGCAAGUGAAAAUGGUAGCAGGCAGAAUUCACAUGCUGCAAAACUAGACUGUUUUGAAGGUAAUGGUAGAAGGUGCAUGGAGGCCAUAGGAGAGAGCUCUGGUUGCCAUGAAUUGGUGAAUGGUGGUGUCAAGUGCUACUCUGAUAUCCGAAGGUCCAAGAGAAAACCUGAAGACUUCUGCAUUUUGCUUGCACAGGAUGCUCAAUCUCGUACAGAAGUUGAAAAUCUAAAAGCUGUUUUGGAGAAUGAAGCUUCUUCAGUUUUGAGAUCUUGUGGCUGGACUGAUGAAGUUUACCGUUUUAUGCAUUUGAGGAGGAGGUUAUGUGCAGGCGAGGCUGGAAUCUCUCAAAGUGGCAGUGAUUUGAAGGAGAAGAUGAUUGCUGAUGCAAGAUCAACUUUCAUUUCACAAAUACCUCAGUCAUUGAAGGAGGAUCUAGUCAAUCACCUCUCAUUUUUCAGUCAAGAAAAAUGAGGACAUCUGGGUCCCUGACCAGCUAAGCUGGUCUGUAAUCAGUCUCAUCUCUCAGAGGAAUUGGCCUGUUGCCAUUGAUCAUUGGUGAAAGGAAGCAUUAUUAUACCUUUAGGUGCCUCAUCAAUGAUGUUGAGAUGAAAGGACUGAAUUCAAAUAUUGCAAAAAGAUUUUCUUCUGAGGCCUUGAAGUUAAUUUUGGCAGUUAACAGAGAAAUCAGGAAUCUCAAAUUCUUCAUUCAUUCUGUAUGAUAUCUUUUGGCAGAGAUAUACCAUUGGUAUACCUACUUUCUGGAUUCAUUACAAUUUUCUGUCGGCAGUAUCUAUUGAUGUAUAAUAUUCCUGAGUUAAACCCUGAUUUUUUUCCCCCAGAAUGGGUGGGUAAUUAAACCCUAAUACAAUUCUAAUCUUCCU